AUGAAUGUCAAGGGAUUGGAGGCCAAUUAUUUAGUCUUCUUCAAGUAUGAAAGGCUACCAAACAUUUGCUACCACUGUGGUUGCUUUGGGCAUGGGGAGAAAGAGUGUCAGGGAUCUCAGUGCCAUAAACCAUCUACAGUAGAAUCGCAAGCCUAUGACCCUGAUAAUAAGGUGGUCGGAGAUGAUAGUGGUUCACCGGUAGAGACAGAGUCAACUUUCCAAGGGGUGGCGACCAUUAAGCCUCCAAUCAUGGAAGUGAUGGAAAGCGGUCCCUUGAAGUUAGGUGUUUUCAAAAUUCAGGACUUGGGAAAAAAGUAG